UUGCGCCCCUUGGGGAAAUCUUGAGGCAUGGCAGGAACUGGGAUAUCUCCAGCCAAAGCCGUACUCCUGGCUGUGCAGCUAGCCAGCAAAUCCGACCUCUCAACCCUUAGAACUCUGGUUUCCCAGCAUCGAAAGACACUCCAUACCGAACUCGUCUUACGUAUCCUCCUAAGCCACCUUCCAGAAAGCCUCGAUUCUUCAGCAUAUGUGCUAUUCUUUGAAGAUCUCAUAAGUGGGCGGAUCGUGGAAGAUUCAAAAACUCCCGUCGAUUCUUCAGCGCUCCUCGAACUCACCGAGGUGGAAGCGCAGAAGAAGGUCCGGAAACUGCAUCUUCUGCCUCUAGAAUGGCCGAAUUGUCCGGCAGAUGCACCAGCAGAUCCUGUUAUUUUAUUUCUCAUCCACCGAGCCCUACGAAUUGACGAAAACACUGGGUUAUUAACUCAACUUCCUGGGCUGCUCACGCCUUUCCUACACUACUCUGAUUACCUACGAACCUGGAUGAUAUCUACAAUUCUGCCCUUGGUACGAUUCAACUAUGAUUAUCACCCUGACGAUGGGGCCGCCCUCACGAUUGCCAAAUUCGAAACACUAGACGACCGGGCUGGAGUGUCACUGCUGCUCUCAAAAACGGGAAAAGAAUCGACGACGGAACCUGAUCCAACCGUUGGACGAGACUUGAAAGGCUUAGUUGGGCCAUGGCUGUACGGAGAUACAAGAUGGAAGCGGAGGAAAGUCCGUGAAAACUCCUCCUUCAGUCUACAAUCUCUUGAGCGGCUGGAUGAAACCCCCUCAGUGGAGCCCAAAUAUGUUGGCUGGGAAGUAGUGUUCAAGUGGCUUCUGGGACAGGCUGGGACAUCAUGGAAGACUGCUGUCGAAGCUGUAGAGCAAUGGGAUGGUCCGGCAGAUGUAGAUCUUGGUGGUUAUGAAGAUGGGACAACAUGGCUGGCAGAGGAAGACGAAAUCCACCUGGAACGAAGAUUUGCCCGUUCGGGGCUCGCGGCGGCAUAUUUGAUCUCCGAGGAAUCAGAGGAGGCUCUGAAUGGUAUCCAGCGUAUCUUGACCAGGAUGACCACUCUUCUUGACAAAGACAGAAUUCCGACUUUGCAAGCUGCCGCCGCUCUACUGUCUCCUGUACCGGAUUUUGAGGACAACAUUUUGUCUUCCAAAUCUGCCACCUACCUCCGGAAUGAUUUUCUGGAGGACCACAAUAUUUUGACUACACCAAACGAGCAGUCACUAAAGUUGCUUCAUGUCUUGUUGAUAAGUGCUUUCUUGUGUACCAAGGCAGGCUGCAGUCUCAGCGUGAGGCGGGCUGGAGAACUUGUGUUUCUGCAAGAUGAGCGUGAUCAGAAGUUCCUCUUCAGCAAGCUGAUGUCACGGAUUGGAGACGGCCCGAAAAGCGAUGACAGGUAUUGGAUGAAAACAAGGAGCGAAAUUCUCUGGCUGCGCACCUGGGGUGCUGAAGAGCUUUUUGAAGGGAGCGAGUCUGGAAACGGAAAGGGCGUUUUGGGGCAACUUCCAAAAGAGUCAAUUGAAGCAGAACUUCUCAAAGCACUUCUAGCGAAUACACGUUAUACUCUUGCGCGAUCAAUAUACGAGACUUCACCGGAACGGCCCUUGUCUAAAAAGGCUCUCCAUGACGCCAUCAUAUCCGCUGCGAUGAAUGCCUACGACAAUGCAACAAAUGCCAAUAGAACUCGAGGGGGAGUAAAGAAAUGUGAUGACAUCUUGCGAGCCUUCCCGGAUACGUUGGAUGGUUCCCUCGAUAAGGACCAGCUUGAACAUCUAAUUACCGUUACGCACUAUAUGGGAGCAUAUCGCCUUGUAUUCAAGCAGGGCGAGCCUUUCAAGCCCGUCAGUCUCCGACUUCAUGGGGACCCCAUAUCAAUCAUCGGCAAGAUCCUCGACCAGAAUUCCCGAAGUUAUACCAAAAUUGGCGACUUUGUUGAUAUGGGGAAGCACAUGGUUAGAGCAGGCCUGACUGUUCGAAGAGUUGACGGCGAAACUGCGUUGAAACCCGAGCAGGUCAUCGAAGAGGAGUCCGUCGCCGAGAAGCGAGUUGUGAGCAUGUGUAUUGAUGCAGCCCUGGUCGAAGACGACUUCGAGACCGCUUAUUCCUACGUGGUGACUCGUUUGAAAGAAAUUGCUGGACCUGCGCAUGCUCGUACGCCCGAGCUUGAGCGUCGAGGCACCGGCCUCUUUGCUGAACCGCCGCCGAAGGUUAUUGAUGACUGGUCUUGGCGGGCAGCACUGCAAGCGGGAAAGUACCGACGAACGUCCCAGACCACGAAGCCCACUCAUCUUGGGAAUGCAAGUGGAAAUCUCGAGAUUCGCCAUUUGGAGCAGCGAAUGGAUUGCUUGGCACAGGCACUGCGAAUUGCACCAAAGGCAACAUUGCAAGAGAUCUUGAAUGUCUAUCGACGAUGUGAAGAGGAGCUCGAGUCACAUGUUAAACAAGAAGCGGAACAAGAAGAAGCAUGGGAUGCUCAAGGGGAUGAGCAAGUUAUGCCAGGUGGAUAUGCACCAACGCCAGCGAAGAAGACAACAAACUCUCGUGCAGUGGAGGAAGCUCCAAUGUCCCUAUUCGAUCUCUCACGUGCCAGCAUGGCUCGUGCGCAGAAUGGAUUUUCAGCACUUUCUAUGCUUAAAGGCAACCAUACCGUCCAAGAGAAAGCGCAAAAUGCCUCAAGGGAGAGCAUAGAUUCAGGAGGAUCCACCGGCGAUUCCUCAUCACAAUCAACAGUUAAAGCUCCUAUCCGGAAGAGGGAUCAAUUGAAGAAUGCGGCAGUGGGUAGUCUAGCUUCGGGCAUUGGAUGGCUCAUCAACGCCCCGCCGAUAAAUCGUAAUGAUGAGGAACACGAAGAUCACUGAAGAAUUGGAAUGACAACAUGAGUUGGUUUGAUGUAUUUGAGCGGGAGUAUAGGGCUAGGGAAGCAUAGAGACCGGCGUCAUGAGCUUGUAAGAUAACUUGGGCCCUCUGUAUGAAUUACCCCUUAUAUCCUGGUGCUCAUAAUGAAGAUUGUUCUCUCGCGAGGGGUACUCGCUUGCUCAUUACACUUAGAAACAAUAAUAAUGAUCAGUGGUGAAGAAUGCCGCCAGGACCUCAAAUGGCGACGUCACUUCCUCGCAUCCCCAAG